ACUACGAUGAUUUCUUUUUAGCGCCAGCAGCUGUUUUCUCUCGAAACUUUGCUUUCAGCCUGAGCAUAUACCAGGGUGCCUCUCACCCGAGCCAGAAAGAGAAAGGCAAGGCUGGGGGAUCCAGAUGCAAGGCGAGGGAAGGCGAACUCCGCGGAUGGUCUUAGCUGUGCCGAGGCAUUGUUCACUGCUGCCUCUCGGUUACGUUUAAAGGCUGAAAUAUCACGAGAUCCACUCAAUGAUCCUUUUCUAAUUCGAGGGACAAAAUGUAAUUUGCUCUAGCUCUGCUUUCUCGGAUGGGAAUGCUAUCCCCAGGUUUCAAAGGGAAGAACUAGGCAUCGCGGUUCGCGCACACAUGGAUUAAGUUGAACAGCGGCGAUUACAUCUGCGCUGAGAGCAACAGUAGUCCAGGGCUGACUUUUCAAAUCUCAGCCCUCCGAGUUAGAGGCUCCCUUGAAUAGACUUCCUCCAUUCCCGGAUGCACUUCUCCAAAUUCCCACUUCUCUCUAGAAUUCCUGCGAAAUUGGGGGCUCGCCUGCAUUUCGCCUUGGCAUGCAAAGCUGCGUUUUUGCAGAGUGAUCAUGCGCUUUAUUUUAGCUGUACCUGACGGGGUAACACGAACUCCACGCACCAUAUUGCCAAUACGCGGAGUGGAUAUUGACGUUUGGGACUGAAGAUUUUUUUUUUUUUUUCCCUCGGUCGAUUUUUUGCCAAGUCCCAGAAAUAUGAGAUGUCUCAUUAAUCUCGCGGAUAUAUCUAAUUCUGGAUGUGCAGUGAUACAUAAAAGUGCUCGUGUUUGUAUCCAGCGGAACACUGGAUGCACGGCAGAGAUUGGCGAUUUUUUUUUUUUGCAGCGCCUAACGUGCAAACCGCAAGCAUCACUUUAACGUGACAAGGGAGAGGCAUGCAGCUAUCGCAACAUUUGCGAAAUCCUCGUUCCUGACACUCUCAUAAUUUAACGUUCCUAAGAAGAGGUUAAACCUUCAUGCUGCUUCUUCAAAUUGAUUUUAAGGGGCUGCUAUAAAUGGAACAUCAAAAAGCUGCGGCAGGGCUACUCCGAGCGGAAUAUGCAAACUGCGAGCCAGGAGCAUCCUAGCCCGUUGCAAUAUCGUACAUUGUGUGCGCCAGCACUUUUUUGUUAUUACGUAAAGGCUCUUGGAAGCACCUUGGAUAUUUUACAUUCUCCUUUCUCUGCUGGAAGCAAUCAGCACGCAGGAAUCCUGACGUGGGCUCUGGGACUAUAGGACAUUCCAGCUCGCGAUCCAGCACGGUUAAUCGUGAAAAGUGUAUACAUUUCUGGCUUAUCUAUGCUUUGUUAUGGGUCUGACGUGAGCCCACGUCCUCCUCCCCCCGCCCGCAAUAUUACAGGCAGAAUUUCAGUUAAAAGUGUUACAGUAUCACGGUGCGGGAACCCGUGAUAUUCAGACAGGAAAAUAACCUUAGUCCCCGGCUGUAAAAAGCUAAUUAAGCAGAAGAGGAAAAUCAAGAGAAACUCGAAAAUGUAAGUAUUCCUUCUCGUUAACAACCGAGCAUUUAACUUUGGAGCCUCAGAAAGGGAAAUACCAGGCUGUUCUGCACGUUUUCGCUAAGCUUCAUUUUCCACACAAUGCAGAAUAAAAUGCUAGUUUAAAGCGGCUACGUUACCGAAGGAUUUUCCAUCGCUACGAUCAGACUUACGUCCUUUAAAUUCACGGCAUGCACAAAAGAGCAACGUUUGUCCAAAAUGGGCUAAAAAUAUACGAAGCGAUAGGAAAAAAAGCACACAAAUCCUUCCUCGGAAGCUAGCGACGAGGAAGUCUGAGAGGUCUGAGUGUGUUUGAGCUCGGAUUGUUUAAUAGAAAGAUUUAUAUACUAACUGUAUUAUUUACUUUGGGAGGGGAGGUGGCAGUAUAAGGGUAUGCUAAUUAGUGGGAGAUUUUUUGGGGGAAGGGGUGGAAUAUCAAUUUUUAUUGCAUCACCUGUCAGGAGUGUCCAAUCAGCGUUGGCUUUAGGGGAAUUAAUUGAUGAAGGUGUCUCCGGACGAGCUCACUUCACUCUGUCAUUUUAUUUGUAGCUAAAGCAGCGGCGGGAAUAGCAGCUGCAUUUCUUUUCUCUUCCUCCCUUCACAUUCCAUUAUCAUAGUUUCCAAUGGAAAAGCAGGGAAUGAAAGGGAACAGGUACUGAUCUUCAGCAGCAACUUAGACAAACACUUUGGCAAACCUGAUUUUUAAGAUUAUAUAUUGAUUGUAGCCUCACGGUAUUUUUUUAAUUUAUUUUUUUAAUUUUGUCUAAAGUUUGGCACUUCAUUCACCAGGAAUAACAGCCUUUGUUAUAUUUUAUUAGCAGGAUGCCUUGAGACAAAUACAGCAUCUGGCUGAGGAUUGUGUGUGUGUGGCUUUUUCUUUUUUUUUUCCCCCCCCCUUUUUUUUUUUUUCCAUCUCUCUCUCUCUCUCUGCAAAUGCUGGGAAUAAUUUAAUUCACGAAAUGGGAGACCUGAAGUCGGGUUUUGAAGAGGUGGAUGGCGUGAGGCUCGGCUACCUCAUCAUUAAAGGAAAGCAAAUGUUUGCACUCUCCCAGGUUUUUACAGACCUGCUCAAAAACAUCCCGCGAACUACCGUGCACAAGCGAAUGGAUCAUUUAAAAGUAAAAAAGCAUCACUGCGACCUGGAGGAGUUGAGGAAACUCAAAGCCAUCAACUCCAUCGCUUUCCACGCCGCCAAAUGCACCCUGAUCUCCAGAGAGGACGUGGAAGCCCUUUACACAUCCUGCAAAACCGAGCGGGUCCUUAGGACGAAACGGAGGAAAAUAAGCCGGGCGCUGUCGACCACCGACCUCCGGCCGGAGCUCGCACCCACCGACCCUUUCUCCGGCUUCUGGAAGGAGAACAAACUUUGGCUGGGUUUGAAUGACUCUCCCCGGCCCCUGCUGCCCAUCAGGAGGAAAGCUUUGCGUCCGGGGGACACAGCCUUGCUACCGGCCUCUCAUCUACCUCACAUUUUUAGUAAAUACACUGGCCACAGCUACCCAGAAAUCGCUCGGGCGCCUUGCAAACCCCCCGUAAACUAUGAAACGGCGCCGGCGGCGGGCAGCUGCGCGCCCCUCCGCGCCCGCCGCCCGCCCGCCGCCCGCCCCCCCGCCGCCGCCGCGGCGCGGCCGCGGCUCCCGGCCGCCGGCCCCCCGCCCCUGCCCGCCCGCUGCCGCCGCCGCCGCCACGGGGCGGCCGCCGCCGCCGCCGGCGCGCUGGGCCCCCCCGGCGGCGCCCGCCGGCCCCUGGCCGCGCCGCGGCCCUGCCGGCCCCGCGGCGCCCCGCGGCUGCCGCUGCCGCUGCCCCGCGGCUUCGGGCCGCCGCCGCCCGCCUUCCCCGAGAGCGGCAGCAGCGACUCGGAGUCCAGCUGCUGCUCCGGCCGCGCCGCCCACGACUCGGACUGCGGCUCCAGCCUCUCCAGCUCCAGCGAGGGCAGCUCGGAGGAGGAGGACGAGGAGGAGGAGGAGGACGACGAGGAGGGCAGCGGCGCCUCGGACUCCAGCGAGGGCAGCUCGGAGGAGGAGGAGGAGGAGGAGGAGGAGGAGGAGGAAGAGGAGGAGGAAGAGGAGGAGGAGGAGGAGGAGGACAGCACCUCGGACUCCGACUCCAGCUCCGUCUCCAGCCAGGUCUCGGUGCAAAGCAUCCGCUUCAGGCGCACCAGCUUCUGCAGCCCGCCCGGCGUGGUCCACGCCAACUUCUUGUACCAUCUGGCGGCCGCCGCCGCCCCCCGGCCGCCGGCCCCGGCCCCGGCCCCGGCCCCGGCCCCGGCCCCGGCGGAGCCCGGCGGGCUGCCCGCCCUCCGCGGCCCUCCCGGCGGAGUCAAGCCGGAGCUGCCGGAGGAGUGGGGCCGCCCCGGCUGGGCUCCCGCCGCCCCGGCGCUGCGCUGCUCCGCCGGCCUGGGGAGCUGCUUCGCGGAGAUAAGAGAUGAUAGGGUAUCCGAGAUCACAUUCCCACACUCUGAAUUUUCCAAUAAUGCCAAGAGUACUGACCUAACAAUUAACUGUGUUGCAAAGGGGGCCUCUUCACCUAGCCCAAAGACAAACAAUGCAUUUCCACAACAAAGAAUACUCAGAGAGGCAAGGAAAUGCCUUCCAGCAACUACUACACACCGUGCAGAUAACAAUACAAUAGCUGCUAGGUUCUUAAAUAAUGAUUCUUCAUCAGCGGCAGCAAAUUCAGAGAAAGAUUCCAAAAUCCCUCAUUGUAUUGAAUUUGCCACGGAUUUGCCCUCUUUACAAACUGAUCCUGAGGAGGAUGCUGCUUCUCCAGGGGCAGCAGCAGCAGCUGAGCUCCACUGCACUGAUACAGGCAAUAAGGCAUUGCCAUUCCUGCACAGCAUUAAAAUCAAAAUAGAGGACAGCAGUGCGAACGACGAGUAUGAGCCUGAUCUUACAACACAUAAGCUAAAGUGUGAGUGCAAUGAUACUAAGGAUGAGUUUUACGGUGUGACUGAGAGUAAUAACCAGGACGCUUUAUUAACAGCCAAGGAAGAUUCUGCAUGCACUGAGAAAGAAACCACUUCCUUAAACCCGCUGACUCAGAGUCAGGUCCUCUCAUGCACUUUAGGUACUCCAAAACCUGAGGAUGGGGAGUAUAAAUUUGGAGCAAGGGUGAGAAAAAAUUACAGGACACUGGUUUUGGGAAAGCGACCUGUACUGCAGACUCCUCCAGUCAAACCAAAUUUGAAAUCAGCUCGAAGCCCACGUCCUACAGGUAAAAUUGAGACACAUGAAGGAACACUGGAUGAUUUUACAGUUAACAAUAGACGCAAAAGGGUAGCCAGCAAUGUAGCAUCAGCAGUGAAAAGGCCAUUUAAUUUCAUGGCAAAUUUUCCCUGUCCACCAUCACUAAUUAUUGGCAAUGAUGGGGAUUUGUUGCCAGCUUAUUCCUUAAACACCACUAAGGAUUCCCAACCACCUCACAAGGCCCAUCCUGUAUGGAAAUGGCAGCUGGGCGGUUCUGCAAUACCUCUUCCACCUAGCCACAAAUUCAGGAAAUUUAAUUAAUAAAAUAGUAUGGAAAAUAUUUUCUAGAACCACCUUUAACUUUCUUACGUUUUUUAAACUCUGCAGGAUGGUUUGUACAAGCCCACUAAUGCUAUACACACUUUUGGAAUCCUGUUUUAUCACAUUGUGAAGACAGAAACUGGAUUACUAUUUUCUUUACCAUUACAACAGUGGUAUUUUGGUUUGUUUUGGGUUUUUUAAUUUUUUUGGUUCUGUUGCAUUUGUUUUUUGGUUUUUUUUUUUGUUUGUUUUUUUUUGUUUUUUUUUUUUUUUUUUUUUGUUACAUUCCACAGAGUACUUCAGGCUAAAGACUCAAGUUAAACUCAGUUAUUAUGGUAGAGCUGGAACACUUUACUGUUUAAAUGCUAAUAAUGCACCAGUACCUCAAUUCAACUGCUGCAAAUAAAUGUCAAAAGGUUGAAUAAUAAAUAUUAGAAUGAGCCAUUAAAUUUAUGCACUAGAUUUCGAAAAUGGAAGUCUAACUGUUAAUUCAGUUAAAGUUUGUUAAGUUACAUGGUUGCACAGUAAGGGUUCACUAUAAUUCAAUGUGGCAGCAGCCUACUUUUCGGGAGCUUUGUUUUCGGGUGCAGGGGUGUCUUUUUCGAAGAGCAGUUGCACUUACUCCUUUUUUCUCUGGUUUGGAAAGGCUGGGGUCCGCCUGCGACCCCAGCGCUGGGAAAAGCUGCCUCAUCUGAAACCAGUAAAUAAAUGUGGAAUUCUAUUUUUGGUAAAAGGGUGUGUUUUUACUUGUACAGCCACUCUUUGCAAUUGGGAAACCUUUUUGUUUCACCCAGAGGUCUUAAAUAAGGUUACUGUUACCCACUAAUGUCAUACUUAAGUUGUGGUCUGAACAUGCCCCUUACAAACUUGCAAAGCAACUAAAAUAUUUGCCCGGCCAGCAGUACAAUUUAUGGUCCAGCCCCUCACGCUGGCUGGAGGAAAUAGCAAAGCAGUAAAUACAACACAGAAAGUGAAACGAGAGGCCGUAAGUGGAAAGAAUACACAAAAUGAGAAGACCGUGUUAUUCAUAGCUUUUUGGCACCAAAACUCAGGCGUUUCAACCGUGUUACACUUCCCGGUUCUAACCUCAUCUCUUGAAAUUUGUUGUCGUGGGUUGUUUUUUUUUUUUUUUUUUUUUUUUGCCAUGCCAUCCUCUCUAUGUAGCAGAAAAAUUUCUACUGCACGUGACAAUCAGAGGCAAUUAUCUAUAUUUGCACUUAAUAUCGAAAUAGUCGAACAGGCAGACUUCUAGAGUCUAGCCCUCGGUAAGACAUGCUGGUAUAAUAUAUUGUGAUGAUGGAAGCAGUAAAUCAAAAUUAUGGAAAUUUGCACUGUUGAAAAGCAUGCUUUAGCUUUAUUUUCAAUUAAAAACACUGUUUAAAAAAAUUUCCUGAUUCCAUACACUUUGAAUUAUUGCAGAGUUAUCCGUGGUUUCCUCUCCGUUUGUAAGUUCACUGUUUUUAUUUGGAGGAAAUACGCUUCAAGAGGUUAACUGUUUCCCUCCCUCCCCCCCCAACCCCUCGAAAAGAAAGGGAAGGGGGGGGGGGAAGAGAGAGAAAGGCUGGAGGCCGAGGUGGAGGCAGAGCUGAGGACGGGGGAAGGUCUCUCUUGUGGGGGGAGGACGGGUACAGCAACUCUGAAAACAGCCUGAAAAGUUUGCAGCUUGAGAAAGGCAGUUAUAAUUGAGUUGCUGAAUCAGCAGAGUUUAGGAUGAAUAAUUGCUGGUUUCUUUCUUUGGAUUAGCAUUUUAUUUAUACUAGAUCAUUCCCAAAUGAAAUUUUAAGGAUUCCACUCAUCGAUCAAUCCCGGGAGAAUAAUUUAUCGUAAAUCAAAAAAGGAAAACAAAGCAACAAUGUAAUGUUUACUGUCUGACUCAAAGUCAACAUUUCUGCUGGCAAUCCACUGCCUGGGUUUCAGUUUUUUAAUUCCUGCCUUUUGUGAUGCCCUCUGCCAACCUCUCGUGUCUCUAAAUAUUCCAAGCAGUCACUAACUGAUUUCAGCUCUGUUUACUAUAUCCACACCGUAGUUUUCCUCUCAUUGUAAAAGGCCUUGUCUAAGAAUACCUGCAGCCAAAUAUAUUUAGAAAGAGUAAACAAUUGCCUUUCAGUGGAGUUACCCUUCCCCCCUGCAUGCACACGCACACACACACGCACACGCACACACAUCACUUUAAACUGCCAAUUGCAAAAGGUGCAUUGCAUACUUAACCGCUCUGCUGAAAUUACAAUGGUCAUGAAAAAUCUGCUUACUAAAGUUGUUCUGAGAUGAAUGUUUACAUUCGUAUGUUUAGAGCUGCACAGAUUACAGCCUUAUUUCCAGAGAACUGUAAAUACGUACAAAAUGUACUGCUCAGGAAAGCCCCCCACUCUGUUAGAAAGCCGUGUCUGCUUGACAAAGGUCUUCC